CUGCCACCGCUCAAGAAAUUUUAUUCACCUGCACCUUACCCCGCGCUAAUUUGCUCUCGCGCUCCAGCCACAGUACAAGGAUCUGCCCGUGUGGCUGGAGUCUUAAGCGGCUGUGGCUGGUGCUGGCACGUGACUUUGAGCCAGUCCGUAGCUGCGCGAUCGCGACUCCAGACAGGGCCAAGGUCGACUUUUUUGGUACGACAGCAACGUCCACCCCAUUGCCGUCCACAACCUCAUCCAGCACCAUGGCGUCCUUUGCAAGCAGUUUGCGGCAUAUCAAAUGCCACAGGCAGCUUACAAAGGGCUCGUGGCAGCCUCAGCUUGCCCUGCGGUCACGACCUGUGUCAAAAGUCGACAUUCGUCAAUUGAGCACCACCGAGAUAACCUCACCGCCGACCGAUCCAGUCUCUCAGAUCUCCAUUCCCUUUCAGAACGUCAAUCACGCGCGACAAGUGCCCAAGUCGCCGUCCUAUUUCUCCCGAGAACCUCGCUUCAACGAUCUUCACCUAAAGUUGUUCAACCUCCUGUCAAAGUACCAUGACCUACCCACGUUGAAGCCUGCCGAUGCACCGCAAAUACCAUGGCUCAAGCUGGAGCUUGUGCGUCACCAGCUGGGUGAGGAUAUCAAGGCGUCACAGUUCUCUCAGGUCAUGAGGAUUGCCAGGCGAUUGAACCUGAUCGAGCCGAGCGUGCGACCUCCCGCAAUUGACAUCGCGCUUCGCUUCCUCAGUCGGUCUGUCGACUCAGUCACCACAUUCCGAAAAGUCAAGCUUGUCGACAAGCAUGGGCGUGCAGUGGGCGUGGGUAAAAGGAAGUCUUCGACGGCACGUGCUUUUGUGGUGGAGGGCACAGGCGAGGUUUUCAUCAACGGCAAGCCCCUGAAUGAAGCCUUUGGUCGCAUUCACGACCGUGAGAGCGCUAUCUGGGCGCUGACUUCGACGCAACGAAUGGACAAGUAUAAUGUCUGGGCCAUUGUGAGGGGUGGCGGAACAACUGGCCAGGCUGAGGCCAUGACCAUGGCCGUUGCGGAUGGACUGGUGGCCCACGAGCCGGCUUUGAAAACGGCUCUCCGCGCAGCCGGCUGCAUAACACGCGAUCCCAGGACGGUGGAGAGGAAGAAGCAUGGUCAACUCAAGGCUCGCAAGGGACCUGCUUGGGUCAAGCGUUAAGUGCUUUGCAGUUCCAACGUGAAGCAAGUCACGCCAAGUUUCUCUAUUGGAGAUUGUGGGACCAGUUCGUCAACAUUGCUCCAU